AUGGAUCUGCAUAGAAAGAGGCAUUAUCAUGACCAUUCACCGCCUUCGACCUCAGACUCUCGCAAGAAGUGCCUCGCUUUUUCCCAUAGAUCACCUUAUCAGUACCACGAUGGUCAACACCAACUGCCCCAACAAAAGUGUCCCACCUUCGUCUCGUACCUUGAGGUCCCAACGCUGUCUCCGAAGAUCAAGACACUAUGUGAAAUCGUCUCCAGUACCCCUUCCCUGGACGUCGAGAAAGUCCUCGAUGAGGCUGGGAUUCCGAUCACUCAAGAAGACGUCGAAGAAGUCCUCAAAUUGUCUUACGGGUUUCCGGGUUCUGCGGUGAAGUUCUUCCGAUGGUCGGGGUACCAGCUCAAGGACAACCAUAGUCCCUACUCUUGGAAUCUGGUUGUGGAUUUAUUGGGCAAGAAUCUCUUUUUCGAUGCAAUGUGGGAUGCUAUUAAAUCUAUGAAAAAGGAAGGGCUGCUUUCGCUUGCGACUUUUGCUUCUGUUUUCAGUAGCUACGUUGCCGUAGGCCGUGUCCAGGAGGCGAUCAUGACUUUUGAUGUUAUGGAGAAAUAUGGGUGUCCACGGGAUAUUAUUGCCUUAAAUUCGCUUCUGAGUGCCAUUUGUAGGGAAGGCAGGACCGUGGAUGCGUACGAGUAUUUGCGCAUUGCCAAAGGGAUUAUUAGGCCAGACCCUGAUACUUAUGCUAUUUUGUUGGAGGGAUGGGAGAGUGAACGGAAUGGUACUAGUGCUAGGCAUACUUUCGCAGAGAUGGUGAUAGAGAUAGGUUGGGAUCCAAGUAAUGCACCCGCUUAUGAUUCCUUCCUGUGUACUUUAAUUAGGGAACCCAAUGGGAUCCAUGAAUCUCUUAAAUUCUUUGAUUCCAUGAGAGAAAACAAGUGUUACCCGGGUAUGAAAUUUUUCAAGGUUGCCCUGGAUGAGUGUGUCAAGUGUCAUGAUACCCGGGUUGCCGAGAUGCUCUGGGAGAUAGUGGUGGAGAGGCUGGGCUUGAAACCCGAUCCACGUAUGUGCAAUGCCAUGAUCGCUUUGUACUGUUACCGAAAUGAUAUAGAUACGGCAAAAAGAAUGUUAGACGAUAUGGUUUACAGAGGGGCAUUUCCUGAUUCAUUAACUUAUAACUUGUUAUUUCGCUUCUUGAUCAAGGGCAGGAAACUGCAGGAAGCUUCGCUGCUUUUCACUGAGAUGAUAAAAAAUGAGUGUGUUCCCGACCAGCCUAAUUGUGAGACAGCUGUUAGAAUUUACAUAGAUAGCCGGGAUCCUAAUAUGGCGAUAAGAAUUUGGAAAUGCCUGGUGGAUAAUUUCAAGAAGGAUCUGGAGGAGACAGCAAAUUUAUUGGUCGUAGGACUUUGUGAUCUAAAGAGAGUGCCAGAAGCAGUUAAGUAUGCAGAGGAUAUAAUUGACAGAGGAAUAAAGCUAACAUCUUCCACAUUGGCUAAGCUGAAGCAAAGCCUUGUCAAAGCAAGAAAAGAAUUCGUGUAUGAGGGACUUGUGAGGAAGUGGAAGACUCACGAGGUAGUUAGACUUUACUGAAUUUAUGCAUGUAAAAAUCAGCAUUGAAAUUUUUGCUUGUCUCUGCUGCACUCGGACGUGCUUGGCCAAAACUAUAUGCAGUCAGUUUAAAAUUCUGCAUAAGUACGGUAUGGUUUGAUCA